AUGACCCUCCUCAAGUUGGUCGAGGACCGACCGACGCCUAAGGCAGUAUACAACUGGAAGGUUUAUUUACUGGCCGCGGUGGCAUCUUGCACAUCAUGCAUGAUCGGCUAUGACAGUGCCUUCAUUGGCACCACGCUAGCAUUAGACUCGUUUAAAGAGGAGUUCAAUUUUACUGCCAUGGACGAAAGCGCCACAAACCUUCUCAGCGCCAAUAUCGUCUCCUGCUAUCAGGCCGGGGCCUUCUUUGGCGCGUUUUUCGGUUAUCCACUUGGUCACUUCUGGGGUCGCAAGGUUGCGCUGCUCAUUUCUGGUUUGGUGUUCAUCCUUGGUGCAGGUCUUAUGCUGGGUGCCAAUGGAGAGCGGGGUUUAGGUCUGAUCUAUGCUGGCCGUGUUCUGGCUGGUCUGGGUGUUGGUGCGGGCUCGAACAUCACUCCUAUCUAUAUCUCUGAGUUGGCUCCCCCGGCCAUUCGAGGCAGAUUAGUGGGUGUGUACGAAUUUGGCUGGCAGGCUGGUGGCCUUGUUGGCUUCUGGAUUAAUUAUGGUGUCGACUCCACCAUGGCCCCUAGCCACGAGCAGUGGAUCAUCCCUUUCGCAGUUCAGUUGAUUCCUGCUGGUCUUCUGGUCAUUGGCGGUAUCUUCUUGCGCGAGUCUCCUCGUUGGUUGUUCUUGCGAGGCCGUCGUGAACAAGCCAUUGAGAACCUCUGCUGGGUCCGUGGGCUGCAUCGUACCGAUAUCUAUAUCAUCGAAGAGAUUGGCGCGAUCGACCAGGCUUUGGAAGAGCAACGUUCCACUAUUGGUCUGGGCUUCUGGAAGCCUUUCCAGGCUGCCGGCUCUAACAAGAAGGUCAUGUACCGUCUGUUCCUUGGGAGCAUGCUGUUCCUAUGGCAGAAUGGCUCUGGCAUCAACGCCAUCAACUAUUAUUCCCCAACGGUGUUCAAGAGUAUCGGUAUUACUGGAACGAACACCAGCUUGUUCACUACUGGCAUUUUUGGUGUCGUCAAAUUUGUCAUCACUUUCGUCUGGCUCUUGUGGCUGAUUGAUCACGUCGGCCGUCGCAAUCUUCUCAUAAUCGGUGCUAUCGGUGGUUCUAUCUGCAUGUGGAUCGUCGGCGCAUACAUCAAGAUAGCAGCCCCGACCGAAAACCCCAAGGCCCAUAUUGACGGUGGUGGUAUUGCCGCGAUGUUCUUUUUCUACCUCUGGACAGUCUUCUAUACUCCUACUUGGAACGGUACCCCUUGGGUACUGAAUUCGGAAAUGUUCGAUCCAAACAUGCGUUCGCUGGCUCAGGCCUGCGCCGCAGCCUCCAACUGGCUCUGGAACUUUCUCAUUUCCCGCUUCACUCCCCAGAUGUUCGCAAAGAUGGACUAUGGUGUCUACUUCUUCUUUGCUUCCCUGAUGAUUUUCUCGGUUGUGUUCGUCUACUUCCUUAUCCCCGAGACCAAGGGCAUUCCUCUCGAGAGCAUGGACCAGCUCUUUGAGAUUAAGCCUGUCUGGAAGGCCCACAAGCAGUUGCUUGAGCAGCUGCACGAGGACGAGGAGCGCUUCCGUCAUGACAUUGAGGAGUCUGGUCUCUCAACUACUAAGUUUGCUACUGAGCAGGUGGAGGACACUGCCAAGUUUGCAUGA